AUGACCGACCGCCGCCAUCACCACCCGCCGCAGUAUCUUUACCUCGACCAUCCACAGCCCAUUCAUUCCGACGUCCGCCGCACAAAAGACCACGCCGCCGCCCUCUCGCACCAGCCCCUCCGCCUGCAUCCCCACGUCCACUACGCCCAAGUGCCCCCCUACCUGCUGCUGCACCCCUUCCUGCAGCUCGCGCGCAUCGACGAAGUCCACCAGUCCGUCUCCCACACACCCUUCCCCGCCGUAAUUGUGUCUCCCCACUCGCUGAGCCCGCCGCCCCAGCGGGACUCAGGCCGCACCCUUUCCAAGAAGCCUCCCGUCAAGACGGCACAGGCACACACCGAUACCACAGAUGGGCAUAGGGAUACAAAGUGUAGCGUGCCCAACAGCGCGCCCACGGUGACAUCCUCCAGUGCAUCCAACAUGGCCACCAACCACCAAGACGCCGCCGCCGCUGCUGCUGCUGCCGCACCGCCGCCACACACCGACCCGCCCUUGCCCACGCGCAGCCAGCGCCCCUCGAUUGUCUCGCACCACUCCAACUCGGUCCCCUCGACACCCCUGCAGGUCGCCCGCAAAUACAACACGCGCUCCCGCUCGCCCUCGCCCAACGGCGGCCUCGGCAGCCAUUCGCCGCGCUCCGUGUCCUCCGAAGCAAACGGCUCCAUGCCCACGCUCAGGCCCGCCCGCCCCUUCAAGUGCAGGUUCGAGACAAACGUCGGCAUGCUGGGCCGGAGACGAAUGCCUUACCAGUCCGACGAGAUUCUGGAAAAGGCAAAAGACGAGCCCAAGAAGAGCUUGGAUCCACACGAAGAUGACAAGUUGAGCGGUGACAUGCGCGAGCUGUACGACCGGUUAGUGCCCAAGCAGCAAGACACGGACACGCGUGAGCGCUUCGUCAAAAAGGUGCAGCGCAUCUUGGAAACCGAGUUUCCAGGCACCAAGAUCACGGUCCAUGUCUUUGGCUCCUCGGGCAACAUGCUGUGGACGUCCGAAAGCGAUGUCGAUAUUUGCAUCCAAACGCCCAUGAAAAGGCUUGAGGAGAUGCACCCGUUGGCCGAGGCUCUCGACAAACAUGGCAUGGAACGUGUUGUCUGUAUACCAGCGGCCAAGGUCCGGAUAGUAAAAGUCUGGGAUCCUGAGCUGCAGCUCGCCUGCGACAUCAACGUGAACAACGUUGCCGCAAUCGAGAAUACGCGCAUGAUCAAGACAUAUAUUCAACUCGACGAUCGUGUGCGCCCCCUGGCCAUGAUCAUCAAGUACUGGACAAAACGGCGUAUCCUGAACGAUGCGGGCAUUGGUGGCACAAUCAGCUCGUAUACCUGGAUUUGCAUGAUACUUAAUUUCCUCCAAACACGGGAUCCGCCCGUCUUACCCACGCUGCAUGAACUUCCUCAACGCGCGCGAGACGAGACGACCGGCCAGCCUUCGUUAUCGAGUUUCGCCGAUGAUGUCGGAAAGCUAAAAGGCUUUGGAGACGGGAACAAGGAAAGUUUGGGCCAGUUGCUCUUUCACUUUUUUCGACUGUACGGACACGAGGUGGACUACGAGAAGGAGACAAUCUCGGUGCGCCAGGGCAAACGCAUACCAAGAGAAGAAAAGGGCUGGCAUCCGGGCGGCGGCCAAAAGGAGGGCGUCAACCGUCUUUGCGUGGAAGAACCAUUCAACAUUGAGCGCAAUCUCGGAAAUUCGGCAGACGACUACGCGUGGCGUGGUAUACAUUUGGAGAUACGCCGCGCCUUUGACCUUUUGGCAGACGGCCAGCAGCUCGACAAGGUCUGCGAGCAGUUUGAGUACCCGCCCGAAGAAAAGUCAAACGCCAUCUUCAAGAAGCCACAAUCACAAAAGGCAAUCAUCUCGAGUGUGCCAAACCGCAACGGAAGAGGUAGUCAGAACCCGCGGGGAGGUAGAGGCGGUUUCAGCCUCAAGGGCCAGCAUGGGGGAAGCAGGCGCUCUUCUAACAGCUCGAAUUACAGCCAAGGCCGAUCGCCAUUCCUCCAUAGCCCCCCUAUCCCUGCGAGCGCGGGCCCAGAAUACUUUAGCUUCCCUAGGGGUAUUCACGACCAGCUGCACGACCAAUUAUACCAGCAAUACCAGAUGUUGGAGAUGCAGUCAAACUCGCUGCGUGCCCAGUUGGCCGCACAGCAACAUGCCCAGCAAGCACACCAAGUCAGGGCUGCGCAGAUGCAUGCCCAUGCUGUUGCUCAAGCACAGGCACAAGCACAGGCACAAGCACGUACGCCCAACAGCACGAAUGCAUCACCCCAAAAGUCGCCCUACGUGAAUGGCCGUCAGAGCCCUCGGUUGGCCGAGCGUGGCAUACCGCCCAACGCCCUUCCCCAGGGCUUUCUGUACCAUUACCCGGCCUUUUACAGCCCUUCCCAGACCGAUCCAAACGCCUCGCAGGACGGAUCACGCACAAACCCAUCUUCGCCCUCUUUGAGCAGCAGUAUGCCUGGUGUGCAUCGGAGUGUCCACCGCGCGUCAAAUGCCAGCGAAACGAGCUCACUUCGUUCGCAUUCGCAGCCGCCACGCAGCGCUGCGCAGCAGCCUAUCGUUGUAGGAUACCCGCCAAUGCCUCAGUUUAUUGACCCUGCAGCAUUUGCGGGUUACCCCAUCGCACGCUCCACGCAGGAUAUGUCGAAUCUGCAAACGACGCCGGAUAUCGCCAUGAACCCAGCGGCUGUACAACAAGAGUCGGUUUCGUCUUCGAAUAACAGUUCGCCAAGGGAAUAUGUAGGCUACUAUGUAGCAGAGCAGCCGCAGCAGGCACAACAGCCGCAGCAACCCCAGCAGUCACCGCAGCCGCCACAGCAACCACCACAACAGCCCGUCCGUUCGUUACAAGACUACACUGUUUCGGCCAUUCCAUCUUUCAGCGAGCUGGCGCAGCGCCGCAGACGUGUGUCGCCAGAGAUCACGCAGCCUCUUUUGAACACUGCGUUGCGGCGAGUGACACGGUCACCUUCCCCACUCGGAGGCCAUAUGCGAAGCUACUCGACUGGUGUUGCUCAACCAAGCGACGCGACCACUGAGCAGCGCAAGUCUCGCGUCGACUCGGUACGGCCGGCGCCUGUUGAUAACGGGCCAGUCAUAGUCAACGGCUCAUUCCCAACCCAGCCUCGUCCUAGGGGAGACACGUUCGAUGCUGCUCCACCGGAGACGCCGCCUCAAGCUGCAUUCGGCAUGUAUGCCAGUGAACAGGCCCUACACCAAAUCCAGCAGCUGCAAGCGCGUCAGCAAAUCGUGCUUCAGGAGAUGCAAAGGCAAAAGGCUGCAGAAACCAUGGCGCCUCCUAUCGUCAACGGGUCCAUCAACGGCCACGCGCCCAUUGAUUCGAAUGGCAUACCGCGCACGUCUGCCGAGGGCCAGCCAUUUCCCAUACUCGGCGACGCCUGGGUAAACUACGACGCCUCCAAUGGCCACCCUAGCGACCGCAGUGAAGAGAUAUCGCCAACCCGCGCGGCUCCUCAGUCUCAGUGGGCUGCACCUGCAUAUACCAAUGGUCUUCCUCCUCUGGAAACGUCCAACGUGCAACGCGCUCACCCCCAGGAGGUCAAGUCUGCAACCAUACCACUGCUGUCGCCAGUAUUUGAGACGCGCACGCCGUCGCCGACUGCCACGCGAUCCUCUGACCUCGGCAAGCUUGUGAACGGCAACAACGGACACAAGGCACAAGCAAAGUCAAGUAACCAGCAUCGUCGCUCAUCGCUUACGGGUGGGUCCAACGGCAAUGCCAAGGACAACCGUAAUGGCCAGCAGCAAAAGCCCACGCAAAAUCACGAGCGCACAAACAAGUCGAAUGCAGGAAACUCUAGUCCCAGCUCUUGGCAGCAGCAAGCUCCCCGUAAGAAGGGGAAGAACAAGAAGCCAAGGGCGCCAGAGCAAAAGGCCAUGGGCGAGCCGUUGCCAGCUAAUGCUGCUGAUCGCAAAGGCGGUUAGGACACUGCUGAUGUUGUUUGGAUUCACGCACGUUGCCUCGAUUCUCAAUGACGCACUCCUUGUUUUUGGAUACCUGGAAAAUAUCGACGGGAAAUUUGCUGUGGCUCGGCAUCAAUGUCGGCUGUCUCUACACCUCGGUACUGCGAAGCCACACCAUGUUUCCGUCAGAUGGCGUCUGCAUGAAGGAAUAAAAUCAUGAAAUUGUACAAGAAAAAAAAAGGGGAAAAAACUAUCAUGCCACUGUUGCUCAUGUGGCCUUAUCUCGUUGACAAUGCUGUCAUACUCGGCGGCGCGCAACGACGCGGUCGCGCAGAGAGCUCUUUGUUUGCUUCCAUCUGAACGGCGUUAUUGACUUCUUCAUGCGCGAGACACAUGCAUGUUAUCGCAUCGACAUUGGAGUUUUUUUUUGUUUUCUCUCGGGUCUGUUCGGGUUUUCCUCUGGGGGUGUUUUUCAACACAAAAUAUCGCGGUACACCAAG